UACUCUCCGACGUGACUGGAAAUUUUGCCCGAGAACAGUCACGACAUGUACAUGUACACCCCUCAAUGACCAGCGAUGCUCCCGGCUCUCCGCCCAUUGCUGUCUGCCGCGCGAGGGCAAACCUGUGGUGCUCCAAUACCGUGUCUGAGGAGAGCAUUGGUGGUUUCCGCGGCGGAUCUCCAAUUCGGCCAGCCCGUGUAUGAGACGCACCCGCAUCUAUUACAGGCGGGGGAGAUAACUCCAGGCAUUACGGCCCUCGAAUAUGCCCACCGGCGCACGAAGCUUGCUAGAUCCCUACCUCUCAAUGCCGUCGCUAUACUCGCCGCAUCCGACCUGAAAUACCGCUCGGGCUCGGUUUUCUACAAAUACCACCAAGACCCCGACUUCCUAUACUUGACCGGAUUCAAUGAACCGGACGCAUUGGCAAUAAUAGAAAAGCAAGGAGCUGGGGACGAAGACUAUAGCUUCCACCUCUAUGUGCGCCCAAAAGAUGCCAAAGCGGAGCUCUGGGACGGGCCACGGUCUGGCAUCCAGGCCGCUCAGGACGUCUUCAACGCCGAUGAGACUGAAAGCGUGAACCGACUCCCUGAAAUCCUUCCUAGAAUCAUCCAAAGAUCUAGCGAAAUCUAUACCGACCUCCCAAGUAGCGUGCACCCCAAGAACCCCUUCACGAAAUUCAUAAGCGGCUUCGAUCCCUACAACGCGAAAGGCCUAGCACAAGUCUUCCGCGAUGCCGAAAAGAAGACCGUCAAGCCUCUGCGGCCCUUGAUGAAUAACCUCCGGGUGAUCAAGAGCGACGCGGAGGUCCGCAACAUGCGGAAAGCUGGACAAGUCUCUGGCCGAGCCAUCACAGACGCCAUGCGCCAGCACUUCUCCGGCGAGAAAGACCUAGACUCAUUCCUGGACUACAAAUUCAAGGGAGAGGGCUGUGACGGACCAGCCUACGUGCCUGUGAUUGCUGGAGGCGAGAACGCCCUCACGAUCCACUACGUCCGCAACGAAGCCCUUUUCGAGGGCAACGAGCUCGUCCUCGUCGACGCCGGCGCCGAAUACGGCGGCUACAUCACCGACAUCACGCGCACCUGGCCCACCUCAGGCAAAUUCAGCUCCCCCCAGCGCGACCUCUACGAAAUGAUCCUCCGCGUCCAGCGAACCUGCGUCUCGCUCUGCCGCGCAGACGCGAACAUGACGCUGGACAAGCUGCACCGCACCGCGUCGAACGGGCUGAAAGACGGGCUGGGCCAGCUGGGAUUCGACAUGUCCGGAGAUGCAAUCGACACGCUCUUCCCCCACCACGUGGGCCACUUCAUCGGCUUAGACGUGCACGACGCGCCUGGGCAUCCGCGAACGAAUCCCUUGGAACCGAAUCAGUGUAUAACAAUUGAACCCGGCAUCUACGUCCCCGACUCCCCCCGCUGGCCCGCCCGCUUCCGCGGCAUCGGCAUCCGCAUCGAAGACAGCAUCUGCGUGCAGGCCGAGAACCCCCUGGUGCUAACGACCGAGGCGGUCAAGGAAGUCGUCGAUAUCGAGGCUUUGAGAGACUAGCAGCCAUGACUCGACAUGAAAUGAAAGGUGUACAUAUGAUGGAACUCAAUGUAGCUGUGUGUGUAUAUCAUGAGUUUGGGUUGGAUUAUUUCGGUUUGCACUAACACUAGAGAGGGCUGGUAGAGCUGGACUGGAACUGUACAAAUAUCGGUAUCAUCAUACAAAAGACACAUUAUGCUCCUCCUCGUACUCUA